CCGGUCCCUCCCCCGGCGCGGGGGCUGUCACGGCGGGGGAGGCGCUGAGUCCCGGUCCCGGUCCCGGGCGCCGGGGCUGCUGCAGCCGGGACUCGCUGCCAGAGCCGGGGGAGGGACGGGGGCACCGUCCUGACGGUGGGGCCCGUGGGCGGGGCAGCGUGUGCGGGGCGAGACCCACGCGUGUCCCCGCGCUGCCGCUGGCUCCUCCUGCGGGGGGGACUUGCGGAGAUCCUCUGGGACACCCGGGACUCCUCCGGCUGCUCGCCCGGGCUGCAGGUUGUUGCGGGCGGCCCCGGGUCCCGCCUGCCGCCCCUCCCCGCUCCUCUCCCGAGGAUGCAGCAGCAGAAGGUUGUUCAGCUCUGCUGGGGCUGACCAGGGUAACACCGUCCCGGAGGCUUCGGGGGUGGUGACACAACUGAGAGGUGGAGAGAGCAGAGCCGGGGCUGAGGGCGCCAUGGGAGCAAACACCUCCAGCAAGUCAUCACGUUGCAAUGGCAGUGAAGACGUCACCUUUGACCAUUUUGAAAUUCUACGAGCUAUUGGGAAGGGCAGCUUCGGAAAAGUCUGUGUUGUGCAAAAGAACGACACCAAGAAGAUGUAUGCCAUGAAAUACAUGAAUAAACAGAAGUGUGUGGAGCGUAAUGAAGUGAGAAAUGUUUUCAAGGAGCUGCAGAUCAUGCAGGGUCUGGAACACCCUUUCCUAGUUAAUUUAUGGUACUCAUUCCAGGAUGAAGAAGAUAUGUUUAUGAUUGUAGACCUGCUGCUUGGGGGGGACCUGCGUUAUCACCUCCGGCAAAACGUGCGGUUCCAAGAAGGCACCGUGAAGCUCUUCAUCUGUGAGCUGGUGCUGGCCCUCGACUACCUCCAGAGCAGGCACAUCAUCCACAGAGACAUCAAGCCUGACAACAUUCUACUGGAUGAGCAUGGACACGUGCACAUCACUGAUUUCAAUAUUGCCACGAUGCUGACGAAAGAAGUACAAGUCACCACGAUUGCUGGCACCAAGCCGUACAUGGCACCUGAAAUGUUUAACCCCACCAAACCGCCCGGCUAUUCCUUCGCUGUGGACUGGUGGUCGCUGGGAGUCACUGCCUACGAGCUGCUCCGCACCCGGAGGCCGUACCACAUUCGUUCCAACACCUCCCCAGACGACAUCGCGCACAUCUUCAAGACGGCCACCGUGAUGUACCCAGCAGCCUGGUCCUCGGAGAUGGUGUCGCUGAUCAAAAAGUUGCUUGAGCCAAACCCUGAGCAGCGUUUUUCUCAGCUGAAAGAUAUCCAGGACUUCCCAUACCUGUCAGAUGUGAACUGGGAUGCUGUUUUCCAGAAGAAGAUAGUGCCAGAAUUCAUUCCCACGAAAGGCAGACUGAACUGUGACCCAACCUUUGAACUGGAAGAAAUGAUCCUGGAAUCCAAACCUCUUCACAAGAAAAAAAAGCGCCUGGCUAAGAAGGAUAAAGACACCAGCAAAAGCAAUUCCUCCCAGGCCUGCCACCUUCAAAAGCACCUGGAGAUGCUCCAGAGGGACUUCAUUGUUUUCAACAGAGAAAAGAUGAGACACCACAACACCCAGGAGACCGUAACGUACAAGGACAAGCAGAACUCCAGCCUCUGAGAGCAGCACAGCCCCCGCUGGAGCCCUCCUGGUGGGCCCAGCACACCCCCACCCUCCUUGGAGCUGGGCUGCAGACUUGGCCACCGGCACCAGGCGACAGUGACUUGCCACAAUCACUCAGACUUGGAUCCUAUUAUUCUGCCUUUCUUGGUGACAGGAACAUGACUGCGUGCUGGAUGAUACACUCGGUACUCACCCCUUUGUGCCCGCCAGCUCGCGGCCCUCGCACGCCCGGGUGUGCCUGCCGGGCCUCAGCCCAGCCCCGCCCGCCUCGCCCGUCCUGGCGCUGGUGCCGGGCAGCUCUGAGGGUCCUGGCUCUUGGGAGGCUGGCGCUGUGGAUGGGGUCCAGCUGCAGGAGGCUGCUCUCAGCUGCACGUGUAGACACAGGUGGCCUUUGCUUAGUCAGCUCCCGAGAACAGCCCACGAGCGUGGGCACAGAGAGCUGGAAGUAACGAUGGUCCCUUCCUUGGCUGUGAGAAGGCAGCAGAGGUUUUCUCCCCUCUCCAGGCCGGCUCCUGCGCACGCUUCUCGCAGAGCAGCACUGGCUGGUGGGUGGUGAGGGCAUGCAGACAGAUGUGGAAAUGACAAGGUAACAACCAGGCACUGGUGCAUAACCAGCAUCCAGAUGCUUUUCCAGGCCAGCCUGAAAAACCCAUUCACCAUCACAUUAAAUUGCUGCAACUCACUAAAUCAGACAGGGUUUGGCUUCCAACCUCAGAGGUAGAUUUGAAUGUGUAGUUUUUAAUCUCUCCACCAUUGAAAUCACACUUGACUUCAGCAGCUACUGUUUGUAGCAACAGCUGUACUCCUGGUGUGGUCUCUGCCAAGACUGAGCUUGGCCCAAGCAUCUCUAUUAUGGUGAUGCUGGGAAUGAUGCAAUUAUUUAAAUGCUCUGGCAGAUGUGAUGUUUUACCACCCUGGUUGACGUUUUUCCUGUUCUCAGCAAUAUAAUUAACAUGUGAUGGACCAUUUGCCUCCCAUUUACCCCAAGGGGUUCUUUUUAUCCGCUGUCCCUUCUUGUCUUUCUCCUCUGAGUUCACAAGGCAGGAGGAACACCCAUUCUGCCUUGCCCAGAGCCAACAAGGACAUUUCUGGAUUCUCAGUUUAAAUUUGCUGACAAAAAAAAUCCCCAAACCAAAACAAAACACUUGAGUACUUAAAUGGUAAGAACAUUGCAUCUUUAAAAAUUCCCCGAAGACUUCUAUAACCAUCUCUCCUUUCCCCUCUUCCUCUGUAAACAGAGGCACAGUCCUAGCUUAACCACUACCAGGCAACAAGGGAAAAUCUACUUGAUAGCAGAACUUCACAAAACCUGUAAGUAUGAACAGUCUUCCCCACCCGUGGCACAACUAUUCUGGCAUGACCCCUUAAAGGACUGCUGUAUGGACAGCUUGUCCUGUCUGAGUUGCAAGCAUGUAAAAAUAAAUAU